ACGUUAACCGUUCCCUAAUAAUCUUCGUUUGGUAUUUCAAGACUCUGCACAUUUACAUGCAACGUUAUCUUCGUGCUCUGCCAUGGAGAACUCCCAUACUUCAACAUAAACGUCUUUUCACUGCUACUCCAAUCACGCUCUCCGGUCAUAAUAAAUGGUCUAAGAUCAAACAUCAGAAAGGUGCCGCUGAUAUCAAGAAGGCGAAUGUGUACAGCAAAGCCAGCCAAGAUAUUGUUGUCGCUGCAAGAAGUGGCGGAAGUGCAGACCCCGAAGUCAACAUGGCUCUUGCUGCAGCCGUGAAAAGAGCCAAGUCUCAAGGUGUUCCCAAAGAGAACAUUGAGAAUGCGCUGAAACGGGCUGCCGGUGCAAAAGACAAAGGAGACCAGCAUGUAGUUUAUGAAAUCAUGGGCCCGGGCUCAGUUGCGGUCAUGGUAGAAUGCCUCACAGAUAAUCUCAACCGCACCAUUCGAGCAAUACGUACCACGCUGGCUCAUCAUGGCGCGCGGCUAGCGCCCGUUGGCUUCCUCUUCGAGAGAAAGGGUUUGGUGAGAAUCGCAGUCAAUGGCAAAGACUCCUUAGAACCUAUCAUUGAGGCUGGCCUCGAUGGAGGAGCUGAUGACUUCUCAGAGUCAGAGUCUUCCGAGGAAGGCCAGGAAAUUGAGUUUGUGUGUCCUCCGGAUGCUCUUGGCAAUCUCACCAAACAACUUUCAGCUCUGCCUGAUGUGGAGCUCUUCAGCAGCGAUCUCGUUUACCUGCCCAAGGAAGCCAGCGAGCCCCCAGACGAGGAAACAGCUGAUAAAAUUUCCGACCUUCUCGACGAACUAGAAGCGAACGAGGAAACCCUCCGUGUAUGGUCGACAUUAGCAUAAUAAUAUGAAUAAUGUUGGUCUUGGGCCUGGAUAUCGCUGACUCCUCGGAUUCACUACUUGCAACAAUGCGGAUGGAAGAUACUAUGGCUACACUAGAGUACAAUGUCCAAAGCUGAGAUAAUGUGUACAAAUGUCGAGGUGCUCUUCACUACGGCGAAGUCCGAGGAUGUUGGGGUAUCACAAUCCUACUCAUGCAUCCAAUAACAAUCCACUUCCAUGCCAUUGGGGUCUAAGGGAUAUCCAAGCACCUCCCUGUAAUCCUCCCAACUCGAUUAACCCAAGUUCCUGUGCAAUUUCCGAAUAUUGCUUGAAUUUGACUACGCCUGCUUGUUCGUAAACCCUGGGAUUGCGAUGCAUUAGUGCAAUCGAGACGUGUGAUCUUAAUGGACGAUUUUGCCCUUC